UAUCCUAGACGCAAAGUAGCUGGUAACUUCGUCAAACUUCUAAUAUUUCACUGCGUAGUGUGCACGCGCUCAGCAGCAAGGGACUUUACAGCAAGCUGGAGUAGCGCCGCGAAUGCAAGCUGCAGUCUUAUCCUCCACUCAGUUAUGGAAGCCGCCAGGCCAAACUCCAAGGUUGCGAUUGAAAGAUUGCAGGAUCCAAUUUCCUCCAGGCGAAACGCUUCUCAAAACAAGGCAGAUCGUAUUCUGAGGGCAUGUAUCCGUUGCCGGACACGCAAGGUCCGAUGCCCCGGUGAGCGUCCAUGCUGCCGGCGAUGUGGAAAUGGUGGCGUGGAAUGUGUUUAUACCGACACUCGAAGAGACCGGCUGAAAGACACCACAGGCCAGAACCGCCAGCUCAUUGCACUUUUGGGAGACGUCUCGCUCCGAGCUAGUGAUGGAGACCGAGAGAGGAUCGAUGAGCUUCUUGAUUUGAUCAGCGAGGGCGCCCGUUUUGACAUUCUAGAGGCACAAUCAAUCGACACUGGAUCAGAUGAUGAAAGUGCAGGCGGGGAAGCACUCGCGUCCGGAUCGAUCGGUUCAAACAAAGACGUGGACGUGAUAGAUGAGGAUAUGUUCCGAAAUCUUGAUUCGCAAGCAACAGGAUUUGUGGGACAGAACUCCGAAGUCCAGUGGCUGCGAAGCCUGAAGCACCACAUACAGCCCGGGAGUGGCAUGGGGCUCCCUAACAGAUUGCCCACCUUUUCACCAGGGUUGAACGCAUGGAACGACCCUCAAGAGGCACCGCAGCAGGGUAAUGCUCGUUUUGUUACAGACUCGACCUUUUAUCUCGACCGCGAUAACCUUGGUAUCGACAUUGUCGUGGAUGAGUUCGAACUACCUCCGACAGAAGCAGCUGAGAGACUAUUCGAAUGCUACAUAACAACCAUCCAUGCCUCUUUCCCAAUACUCCCCCAUGAUUUCGAAGAAGACUUUAAAGCAUACAUCGAUUCUAUCAAACAGCACCGUCCCUUGCAGCCUCCUAUCAGAUGGAGGGCCAUCCUAAAUCUAAUGUUCGCAAUCGGAGCCCAGUUUUCUCAUCUGAUUGGUGCAAGUUGGCAAACCGAUGAUCGCGACCAUCUCGUCUAUAUGACUAGAGCCUUGCGGUUGCUUGAAUUGAACAAUACACUGGUGGCUAUCUCAGCCCCUGACAUAGCACUAAUUCGGGCUACUGGCAUGCUUUCGCUAUUCUACUUGGUCAUCGGCCACAUCAAUAGGGCCUGGGUCAUGAUCGGUCUCUCUCUCCGAUCCGCUCUUGCCGUCGGUCUUCACCUCAGGAAUACAGACGAAUCUGCUUCGGCUGGUAAGAAGGAUAUGUUGAUGAGAACGUGGUGGGGACUCCAUUCGAUUGAGUCGCUUGUCAGUGCUACAACUGGUAGGCCAUGUGUGAUAGCUGCGGAGGAUUGCACUGUUCUUCUGCCGCAAGCGCAACGUACCUCAGAGGUCCCAUUUCCAGCAGACCCACUCAGCAAAGGUGAUUCUGAGUCCUAUAUGGAUCUUCCUCUCUUCGAAAUUGGCAUAAGACAGCGUCUCAUCAUACAAAAAGCACUAGAGCUCUUAUAUUCUCCAAGAGCAUCGAAAAAGUCCUGGGAACAGACGCAGAAGGCCAUCGCAGGACUUAUGGAGCAGCUGGAGGAAUGGGAAAAAGCCGCUUUUCCGGACGGUCUUGUCCUGGAACUCCUCACUGUGAACACUGCCUGGACGCAGAGUAUUGAGUUGCAGCGAGAGAGGGUUUUACUCGCUUUCUCUCUGUUCAGCGCCCAAAUUCUCGUAACUAGGCCUUGUCUGUGUCGACUUGAACGGCGAAUCCAGCACCAAAGUAUCCGGUCGGCCAGCUUCAACCAAAAGAUGGCCGAAACGUGCAUCCAGGCCGCUCAGAACCUAAGUUUGUUGCUACCCGACGAACCCAACCCGUCGUGGAUAUACCAGAUCGGCCCAUGGUGGUGUAUAGUGCACAAUAUCAUGCAGGCGAUUACGGUUCUCCUGCUUGAACUAUCCUACAGUGGAGCACAAAUUACACCGACCAGCCCUCAGCUCCUGCAGUCGGCCAGAAAGCUGAUUACAUGGCUGCGCUCUAUGCGGCACAACAACGCCGUAGCGAAGGAAGCUUUUCGAGUUGUUGUCGACUUUGUCAAAAGCGCUUCCCAAACUAUGCAUAGUAUUGUCGACUUAUUUGAAGAUGAAAGAGGGGGUUUUAUUGGCUACACUUUCCAAGUGCGGGAAAGCCCAUAUAGCGUCGGAGUCCAGGCGUAUGACGAUUGGCAGCAACCUGGACAUGGUAGCAACACCAACAGUUUCGCGAACUCUCACCUUGGCGAUGCUGGAGAGCGGCAGCAGUUCGUUGUUGAUGACUUUUGCCUGGAUCCAAGGUUGCUCUUAGAGCCUUCACAAGGGUCGGAAAUUUAUGGAAGCUUGUUUGUAACCAGCUUUGAUCAGCUGGACAUGAUCGCGGAACAUGAAGCAAUCCAUGCUCCGGAAGACUCUAGUUGGCCAUAGAGAAAAUGAGGGUAUGGAUUGAUUCUACCGUUUGCAGUUGGGCAAAUUAUUCUGAAUACGUUGAGCUCUGGGGUUACAUUCAACUCUGUACGCAUUACAAAUAUAUGUUUUGUGUAACAGUAUUUUUUUUGGCAUCUUUCGUGUCAAAUCGUGUGUUUUGUAGCGUUCAUCUGAUGAUCUAGCGCACAAUGAAACUAUCUGAUAUAACCACAAGGUCUCGUCCUCUCGCUCCAUUGC